CUAGAAUACCUCCAGGAAUCUGUGUGACCCAAUGGAGCCAGAAAAAGCUACCCAGGAUGCUUCCUUGCUGUUUCUCGUUCCAGUUGAAUUUCCGUGACUCAAACACCAGAGUAUUGAAUGGUGAGAGGAAAGUUACGUUGGAAGUUAUAGACGGAGGCUAUAAAAAACAUUUGAUCAGUAAUAAUUAUACCUGA